CACGAGUGGUGGCUGGCAGCGUUUGCCCCUCUACGAGUGGUGGCUGGCAGCGUUCGCACCUCCACGAGGUAUCCCAGCAAGUCAACAAACUGAAGAACUUGCUUGUGAUGGCUCUUACUUUAAGGUCGUGUUUUCCUGCUUUUCGAAAUGUUGUGAGGAGUUUUGGCACAACACCAGUAUGGCAGACAGAAGUGGUAGCAGUACCCCAAACUCCUUCACCUCCACUUAUUCUUGGGGAUGAUUUCAACACUGACAGGAGUGCUAUUGAAGUGCGUGAAGCAUGGAUAGAGACUCUUGAUACAAGUGCACCCAGUCCUCUAGUGGGUCUCAUGCAUCUGCAUCCUAAAGUGUUUGCUGAUUAUCCAAGACUAGACAUCAUUCAUGAAAAUGUAGUGUGGCAGCAAAAGUAUCGCAUGGUGAAUUAUGCACAUACCAAAUUACGAUCAGAAGUCGCAGGAGGAGGUCGAAAACCAUAUCCACAAAAAGGGUCAGGGCGAGCAAGACAUGGUUCUAUUCGUUCUCCCUUGUGGAUUGGUGGCGGCGUGGUCCAUGGACCAAGAGCAUUCACUACACAGUUCUACAUGUUACCAUUAUCAAAAAGAAUAAUUGGCCUUACCUCUACUUUAUCUGCCAAAUUUGCACAGGAUGAUCUCAAGAUUGUUGAGAACCUAGAUAUGCCAUCCGAUGAAGUUGGGUAUUUGGAAAAACUGUGUGAGGAUCGCUCCUGGGGACCAUCAGUUUUGUUUGUGGAUGACACUGAUUUGAUGGCACGUAAUAUAACUAUUGCUACUGAUACCAUACAACACGUUAACCUCAUGCCAGUGUAUGGACUGAAUGUAUACAGCAUGCUAAAACAUGAUACAUUAGUUCUUACUGUCGCUGCUGCUCGACGUAUUGAAGAAAGAAUAUUACACCACCUGAACAGCCCAAAAGCCCACGAGAAGAACUGUGCUAAAUUCAGAAUGUCAUAAUAAUAAGGCAUUUUUGUUCAGUGGGUAUGUGUGUUUGAUACAAAAUGAUAUAUGCAUUAUUUUCUAUAAGCUUCACAACAAAAUUAAGUAAAAAAUAUUGAAUUUCUUUAGCUGGCUUUAUGAUAAAUAAUUUUCUUCCACCAUCGAAUUACUUACCAAAGACAAAUAAACUUGCAUGUGGAGGAGCAAUAAGUAAUUUAUUCGGCAGUUAGUGACAAAACAUUAACAAACUGACACUGUGGAAUUAUAAAUCUUCUCUGCACUUUAUAUUAUAUCAAUACUCUGUAGUAAAUAUUUGUUGUCAAAAUACAGUACUGUAUAUCUAUUAGUUUUUAUUGCUCCCUACCAUUGGAUACCUUAUUAUUGAUACCCACUUUCACAAAUUUUUAUAGUAAAGUAUUUAUCUAAAUGAGAUUUAAAAAUUUCAAUGCAUGAAAGUUCUAUACUGUAUAAUAAUACAAAUGCCAUCAACUUAUAAUGUAAUUAAUCACAUUAUGCAAAAUGAUUGUGUAGAAUGUUGUACAUAAAAUAAUUUACUAAAAUUUAUCAUGCUAAAAAAAUAAAGCGACUAUGAUAUUAA